UUUACCGGACACCCAUGACUGAUAUUGUUGUGGCCAAAGCAACACGUAUUGUUGUUCUAGCCUUGGUCACGUGGUUUUGUUGCCCCGUGGAGCCACGUGCUAUCAUGGUGGAGCCACCCCACAGGUCGAGCCUGUGGCGAUUCUAUAACAACACGUCCAUGAAUCUACGGGACGAUAGUUUAAACUGUGGCGGCUACGAUUGGCAAUGGGGAGUGAACGGUGGUCGAUGCGGCGUGUGUGGGGACCGAUGGAACGGGACGCAAGACCACGCGGACAAUGGACGGUUUGAUACGGGAAUUAUCGUGCGUAGCUACAUGGACGGGCAUUACAUCAACGUCACAUUUGAGGUCAGCAGCAAUUAUUUAGGUUACGUUGAAUUUCGGCUCUGCCCCAGGAAUUCCACCAAGUAUCCGCUGGAACAGUCGUGUUUUGACAGGUACCCACUCUGGAUAGAUGAGUCCCAUGGGACACGAUACUAUCUCGGUUCCAGGGGGGGUAUAUACGACAUCCAUAUUCGGUUGCCAAGCGGCCUUAUAUGCAAAAGAUGCGUAUUGCAGUGGAAAUACAAGACGGGCUACAGAUACAAUGGUGAAGAGCAGUGCAAGUGUCUCGGUUGCGGACAGCAGGAGCAGUACGUGAACUGCGCCGAUAUCGAGAUAACACCGCGUGGCGCAACGGAAGGUCAAGGUCACGAACAUGGUCACGUUCGUGGUCACGGCCAUGCCAAUUCCGUAUCGGGAGAUAUAUUAAUUCGAAGGAGGGUAACGUCCCCACUUACGACCAUGUCACCUGUAACUUCAUCUAUCGGUCUUAAUGAGUCUUUCGUGACAUCAAAAACUUCUGGUACAGGCAGGCUCCUUGGGCAAGACACAACUCUUCGCCAUACACAAUCAGUUCAACCAAAGGAUGGGUCGGCACCCGCUGUUGAGGUUACUGCAAUCACUCCCUCGUCAACUCCCUCAAUCGCCAAUCAAACAGGGGCCAUCGGAGCUGUACAACACAGACAGCCACAAUCAUUCGUAGGCGAAAACCAAACCACUGUAGCGCAGGAAACCGUGUCGCAAUUCGAAGAAACCACGGUUUCUAUGGUAACUGAAACUCCUGCACAAUCAUUAACCAUAAGUACACAGUCCCCGACAGAAUCGCAACUAAGCCAAUCGAGUGAAAUUUCACGAAGCGCAAUCCCUACCCAAAUGUCCCAUGUUACGACACAAUCCACAAUAGCACCGGUCUCGGUGACGUCCGGCGUUACACAAUCAACAAUCAAACGACAAGUGUUAACUUUGGACGAUAUAAGACAAGAAAUAGUUAAGACGCUGGGCUCGGAUGUUUCUAACGGGGUUCGGUUGUUAUUCAAUCCCCCAACAGAGCAUCCGACUGGCCAAAGUCAGGACACAACCCCCGCGCAUACGCAAACAUCUAUUACUGGACCUCCACACUUUCAACAAACGUUCUUUCCCGCAUUUGAUCGGGUAACGGAGAAGCCCAAACAAACAGAUUUACCUAAUACUCAGUUCGUUUCUGUGAGCAAUAUACUGGAUCGAUUUUAUCCAAAUUACAUGUCGCCAUUGUUGUUUACAUUGACACGAACGCGUAACUUCGGUUUGAAACUUCCGCAAGGAUGUGACGUUAAUAGCGACGAAUUCCGUUGCAAAGCAAGGGGAAUUUACAAUCACAGUCCAGGAAUUAGUCGGUGGUGUGAGAUAAACUGUAGGGCAGCGAAUUGUGUACCUUUCAUGUGUGAGUGCGGUUGCGACGAAAAGCAGUUAAAAAACUCGAGUUGUCACGCUAUUGCCGAAUUUCAAGGCGUAGAAGGAAUGGACGAAUGGUGUACGGCAAAUUGUAAGGUCGGCUACUGCCCCGCGAACACUUGCAAUUCAGACUGUCUGAGACCUUUCGUGGCUAAAUGACGUGUUAACUAGUUCACUUAAUGGAAUGUGUUGUCAGACGUGAAAUGGAAUACUAUGUAUUUUGCCACGACCAUUGUCUACAUCGUGUUGGAGUGAAAUAAUGUUUGACGUUACAAAAUUGAAUAUUACGUCACUUUAGCAUACUUCGUCAAAACCAUGCUGUUAAAUUUUAAAGUAAAAUUUUUCAAGAAAUGGGAU